AUGGCGCCAAACCCCGCCGCCGUCCUCCACGCGGCGCUCCUCAGAGCUUCCUGUCUGCCCCCCAGCAUCACCUUUAACACCCUCCUCGCGGCCUCCGCGUCCUCCCCGCUCCCGCGCCUCCGCGCCCUCGCCCUCCCGGCACUCGCGCUCGCCCACGCCGCCGGCCGCGUGCCGCUCGACUCCUACGCACUCUGCCCCGUGCUCCGCGCUGCCCCCUCCGCCGCGGAGAUGCUCCACGCGCUCGCGGCCAAGUCCGGCUGGCUCGGCAGCGUCUUCGUGUCCUGCGCGCUCGCCGCGUCCCACGGCGGGUCCGGCCGGUUCCUGGACGCCCGCAGGCUGUUCGAAGAAAGUCCCGCCAAGAACGCCGUCUUCGGGAACGCCGUCCUUGCCGCUUACGUGGGCGCGGCGGAGUGGACGCAGGCGCUGGGGUUCGCGAGGAGGUUCUUGGAGCUACGGCUGCAGGUUAACGGGUGCACGAUGACGUCCAUCAUGCGGGCGUGCGGCGAGGUGGCAAACGCUGAUCUUGGCAUCCAGGCGCACGGGUAUGCGAUCAGAAAGUUGGGAGGCGUAGAGGCGGACGUGUUCUUGGUCGGUGCACUCGUGGACAUGUAUGCCAAGUGUGGGCUUGUCCACCAAGCUGAGCGGGUGUUCGGCCUGGCGCAGCAAGAGAAUGGUGGCAGAGGUGAUGUGGUGCUGUGGACGGCUAUGUUAAAUGCAUAUGGGCGGCACGGACAAUGCAAGGAGGUUAUCCGGAUGUAUGACCUGAUGGUGGCUUCUGGUAUCUAUCCUGAUGAACUGGCAAUGCUAGCGGUGCUCUCAGCAUGCCAUCACGCUGGGGAGGUGGCCAAGGGGCUCAAGUAUUUUGAGUCCAUGCACGAAGAUUACGGGUUGGUGCCCACACCAGAGCACUACGGUUCUGUGGUCAACAUGUUGUGUCGGGCAGGGGACGUGGCCAAGGCAUGGGAAAUUGCCACCAAGAAUGGCUGUUAUAGUGCAAUCGGCGUGUCUACAUGGGGUGCACUGCUCAGUGCUUGCCAGGAUUGUGGAAAUGUUGAGGUUGGGAAAAUGGCAGCUCAGAAGGCAAUCGAAUUGGAGCCUGCCAAUGUGGGCAUUUACAUUGAACUGUCAAAUUUGUAUGCAAGGGCUUGUUUGUGGGAGGAGAUUGACCAGCUACGGGAGGUGUUGAAGGAGAAAAGGUUGGAAAAGGAUGUUGGAUUUACUUGGGUUGAGCAUGGUUCAUGA